AGACUCCAUCUCAAAAAAAAAAGAGAGAAAGAAAGACUCCAUCUAAAAAAAAAAAAGAGAGAGAGAAACAAAGACAGGUAUCCUGUGGCACAUGGUGUGGUCUUCUAGCACUUUCUCUGCUAGAGAGAGUGCUAGAACUGUAAUUUUUUGAUGCUAUGAUGGCCUCUUGCACUGCUUUUGUGAAUUCCUUCAGUGGAGGGACAUUCACGUCGCCACCGUUGUUUGCAAAGCACCGGUUUUUGCAGCCCCCAUGCUGGUUUGUGCUUCUGUUCCGUGAGCACUUGGCCUCUCAAAGUGCUGGGAUUACAGACCCUGACAGUCAUCCCUGUUGCAGAUGUGAGCCUCCAGGCUGUGGGGCAUUGGGACACAUCUCUUGGUGUCUUCCAUGCCCUCCCUGUUCACCCCAGCUGCUUCCCCAACACAUCAACUGUGUAUCACGUUCCCUCCACCUGUGGAGGCUGGCCUCAGGUUCCUCCUCUUGGUGGGGCCUGCUGGAGGAUGUCGGGAUGGUUUCUGGGCCUCCAGCUUUCCCAGCUUUCCCAGCUUUCUCAGCAGGCACCCAUGCCUGCCUCUACAGCCUUGCUCUCCCUCCUGGAGGUGCUACUGUGCAUGGCCUCGGACGGAGGAUCGUUCCAACAGCCACUCGCUCCUUACUGCUUCAGCGCACCAAGCCUGGGCGGGGAGUACAUGGUUCUGCACAGGGGUCGGGGUCUGUGGCCUUGGUACCUCCCCAGCCAGAAGAUCACACGUACCCCUGGAUCUCACAGCCUCUUCAGGAGCGAGCCCCGGACAGCACUGUCAACAAGAUGGGGGCUCGGUGCUUUCCCUGUUUUCUAUCAGAGAAGGUUCUGGUUUCUGAUGACUCCAACCUGCAUGCAGAUUACAUGCCAGCAGGGAGUUGAUGGCAACUGGAAUCGUGCCAACUUCACUUUCUACUGUGAUCCGACAACCCUUGGCCUGCCCUCUAACCCUCUCCCCUCCAAGGUCGUCUCUCAAGCCUCAGUGGAACAGUCACGGCUCUUCCUCACAGCACAGGGCAACUUGGACCCGGUCUUACGGCUCUCCCAUCUGAUCUGGGAACUAGGACUGCUCAUCUACUAAGACUACAUUGAGGGGGCUGGGCGUGGUGGCUCACGCCUGUAAUCCCAGCACUUUGGGAGGCCAAGACAGGCAGAUCACCUAAGGUCAG